GGGGAGGUAAUAUGAAUGUGUAUGUGUGCCCGAAAGAACGAACGAGGGCUGGGAGCACAGCCUGAUGGGUGGUAAUUAUUUCAUAAUUUCAGGGGUCUGCAGUUCGUCCUAGCCUCGUUCAUGUGAAUGUAAGUUUGCACAGUGGAUAUUUUUUCUUUGUUGCUCAAUAAGUUUUCGUCCGCUCAGAUAUGCCGCCUCUAUACCAGCAUUCGCUGGUUUUCGUCGUAUUCUUGUUCCUGGUUGUGCAGCUGUAUGGAGUAUCAGCAGAAGUGCCCUACGAACAGUCGCCAAAGCCAUGCUGCUUGCCGUACAAGUUCCAAGCUGUGAUAACGCCAUUAGCGACGUUUAAUGUUCACAACAAGCAAGUAAUGCGUGUGUACCGGGACUGGGUGAGAAGACUACAGGUCCAGGACUUCGCUACCUUCACCGCGUACGCAAUCGGAGAGACUUUCUACCGGACACACACCGACUUCAAAAACAAAGUCAGCUACACAAUCAGAGACGGCAAAUGUAGCAAGUCAGCAGUGGAUUAUGGCAUGUUGGAGCCAUGCAUGCCUGACAAUGCAGAAUACAUUGGCUCCUCGUACCUGGGCCUCUACGACGACCAAACCAAUUUCGAGACCUGGUUCUUCAGCCGGACAAACAAGAAUCGUGACAUAAACAUGACCAUCUCCAUUACCGCUGACCGCUGCAUGCCGGUUAUGGAACAUAUCGUUGGUCAACUGGGAUCAG